AGCACUUUUAUGCCUAGACCUUCUGUCCCGGAUUCUCCCUGUCGUGCCAUGCGUGACGGGGUUAUUUCAUGGGAGACGCCGUACUCUUCUGUAGAUGCUCUUCAUAAAGGUCUGGUGGUGCAGGUCAUCUCGGACAAGGAUGUUGCCAUGAAAGCCAUGCUAGGCAAAAGCCGGGCAAAGGACAUGUCCAACUGGUACGGGCAUGUCGUGACUAUCGUGGAGGUGGACAAACGUCGGGGUACUAUCAAAUGCGCUGCCACUGGACGCAAUGCUAAGAAAGAUCCUACCAUUUGGCUGGCCCCUGGAGCGUUGACCAGUGUCGUCAGAUCAACAGAGGAUUUGGUGAGGCGCAAUUUGGAUGCAAUCUACCGUGCAGUUCACCGGCAAAUGGAGCUGUUGCAUGAACUGAACUUGCACGUAUUUUGUCCAGAAGCUCCUCAAGGAGGUGAGAUGUACUGCACGGGCGCAGACAGAGUGCUGAUGGAUCCCGUGAUCAUGACCCAUGGCGCACAAGGACACUACUAUUGCACACUGCGUCUACCAGAGGGAAGGACAUCAGUGACUCUGAGUUUUGUCCUGAACAAGAACACGUCGGGAUUGCUGUCCAGAGGCGUCGACUAUGUCCGCGACUAUCUCCGCGAUCUCUUCGCUGCCAAGCCCACAGAGGGCCUGCUGCACGCUCGUUUGGAUCUAUCUUUGCAACCCGACUCCAUUGAGCCAGUCUUCCACGAGCUGCAAUUGGAGAAGGGCAAAAAUAUACCACAGGAAGAGCUCUUCGACCGUUUUGUUUGUGCCUUUCAUGAAGAAGUGUGCACACUAGGCGCUGAGAUGGAGGCAGCACUGAUGCGGUCUAUACAGCACUUCUCGCAGCUUUAUAACCAGCUCCGCCGAGCUCCAAAAUUGGACAGGUAUUUGAAAGUGCUCGAGCAGCCUUGCUUCGCUUCCCAGGGCGCUUUUGCCGCCUACGUCCUUGGCAGGCUUGGGACUACACCCCUUCCAGGUGGCUUGGUCUUGGUCGAGCAGAGGAACUCUGGAAAGAAGGACGCCACAAACAGAAUGCUGCGGGAAGUUGUGCAGGUGGAAGGCAAAGAUUUGCUUGUCCGACCGCUGAUUGUGUUCAAAGGCAAGGCAGAGAGGGUGCAGCGGCAGGCUGCAGAGCUCAUUGCGAUUGAAUUAAGUGGCGCAGAGAAGGUGCUCGAAUCUUUGCGCUGCUCCAGCGACAGCCUGGAGUUUGCGCUCCUGCGCGAUGACGAGGUGGCGCAACACGGACUACACCGGCUGAUGGUCAGCGAUGCGAAGAAGGGAGGAGAGCAGUGGAUCAACUUCACCAGGUUCUUGGUGACGUUGGAGGCGGAAGUUGGGAAACUUGGCCUGCACACCAUCCUGCAGCCUGUGAGUUUCUGUCGUGCAGGCCAUCGUGAUGCAGAGAUCCGAGCCUCCUUGCAAGACAUGCGACCUUGUAUCGACGAGAUGACGCCUGAGACGCGGGAAGCUUUUUUCAAGGCAUUGUUGGGGGAGCGGUUCUGCAUCAUGGACUUGGUGUGGGUGCUCUCCGCAUGUGAAGCGCCUCCGCAGCGGUCCACACUCCAAGCAGUGAGCAGCUUGAUUGGCCUGGGCUCUGCUGCAGCCAAUGACGAUGGUGAGGCCCUGGUGCACAAGAUCCUGGGCAGCCUGGCAUGCACCCACUACAUCCAGCAGAUGAAGCUCUGUCCCGCGAACCUGGGCGACGUGGGCCGCGCCUUUGCGGGCGCCAGCGGCUUCGUGCGGGGCCAGCUGCCGCACCUCAUGGAGGAGCUGCUGACCCGAGCCAUCCGAGGAGCCUGGCCCAACUUGGAGGAUGCCAUGGCCGGCUUUGCGCAGCUGCUGGACGCGGCGGGCGACACCGAAGAGCUCAAGCGCUGCGUGCAGCUGCUGUGGCAGGUCUGCGCAGCCACACCCAAGGGUCAGCCUGAGCUUUGUCAGCGUGUGCUCCGGCACCUGGCUGGGUACAUGCACUUCCUUGAGGCAAGCGCCGUGUUCUCUCAGUACAUCGCUCUGCGCAUGGAGUCAGCAAAGUCGGCGCCUUUCUCGAUUCAAGGAUCGACUAGGUGGAAGAAAGAUGCCGAGAAAGUUCUGCUGGCGUUGGCCGCCGGCACCGAGCUGCUGAGCGCGGGGAAGUGGGAGAUCGUCCGCCAGGAGCCGCAGAUGAUCACCCGCCAGGUGAAGCGAGCCUGCGAGGCGUACCAGGGACUGGCGUUGCUACACGCGCUGGAGGGACUGCGAGCUUUGAUUGGGGAGGAGAUGUGCACUGUCCUGGUGACCAUGAUUGAAGAGCGGGCACCCAUGGUUGUCAGCGACCCCAAGGCCUUUGUUGAGGCGGCGGAGGUGUCAGUCGCGGUUUUGCAGGCCAAGGGAGCCCGGCAGCGUCAUGUAGAAGAUGCUGUUGUGGCACUGCUGGACGCAGCGACCCAAAAGGUGGACUUGCAGAUGUUGGUCGAUGAUGAUGCAGCGUCCUGGCGGCUGUUCUUGCGGGCGUGGUCAUCCCUUGGCGGGAAGCUGCAAGCGCAGAGUCACCUUCACGAUGCAGCAACGCUCAUCCGGCAUACCUUGAAGCAGAUUCAUGAAGGCUCCAUCACGCUUCAGUCAGCUGAAGACUUGCUGAAGUAUCCCAAAAGCACGCUGCUGGACUUGUUGGAUAUCUUUGCACAGGAGCUGUUUUGGACCACGGUUGACAACGAAUGGGCUCGAUCAGCCGUGGUAUCGCUGGAGCAGGAUGUGUCCAAGUACACACAGGCGGCGGCUCGCGCCCGGGGGUUCCUGGCGCUGUGCCGGCGCGUGCGGCUCUGGGACGCUGAAGCGGUGAAUUCCUUGGGGUCUGCAGUGCUGCAGUUGGACAGAGAAAGGCCCGUCCGAGAGCUGAAGGAUGUCCAGGGACGUUGGUGGUUCUGCGCCCAUCCUGCUGCCCAGAACUUGCCAGACUGUGGCAUGUUUCUGCGGGCAGCCUGCGAGUGGGCGGAAAGGUUCGAGCAUUGCCGCGGUGACGAUGAUAGCGACCAGGAUGACCUGCCCGGAGAGAGUGAUGGCCUGCAUGACCUACAGCAGCUGGAGGCAGAGUUGGGCAUACAUGGAAAAGGGGAUUGCGCUGCGCUGAUGCUGGAUGUGGAAGGUCUAUUCGAGACUUUCAAGAGUUUGUGCGAACAAAUUGCGCAGACACCAACAACGAGCUUGAGCUAUCAAGCUGUGAAGAGCGUGCUUCCGCUAGACGAGGCGGAAAGUAUCGGAGAGCAUCUUCGCCAAGCAAGCGGCGUGAGCAAGAUUGACUUUCCAGACUCACUCGUUGAAAUACUGGAGAGGACUGCCCGUCUAUCCCGGGCAGCGAAAGACGUCCGGGCAGUGUUUAUGGCUGCUGAUGUUUGUGGCUUCGAGCCUCUCUCCGGCAAUGCGCUGGCCAUGCGACUGGGGAGUUUGUCGAAAACCACGGAGCAACUUCCCGCACUUUCCAUAGAAGCAGUUUCUUCGCAGAUGUGCUCAGAUGAUUUUCGGCCUCUUACAGUUCAACAGGUCGCAGAUGCCGUGCGGCAAGCUGAUGAUGAGGUGUUGUCCCCACUACAGACAUGUGGCAACCUGAAGCUCGUCCGUGCGCUCGCGGAGGCCGCCGAGCUGUACGACUUUGUCAAGCCCUUGCUGAGUGAGGACCUCAUGCCUUUGCAUGAUUCCGUCGAGACCCACUCGGACGAGCUGCUCCGCGCAGAUACCGUCUUUGCAUUGCUGGACGUGCAAAGCUUUUUCCGAGCCUUGCGAAGAGCGGGGACAAGGAGAGGCUUUGUCGCCGCGCUCAAUUCGUGCAUCACAGAGCUGACAGACGUCAAAGACAUUGCGGGCAAGCUGGCGACUUGCACCCAGCAUUGCCACGGCCUUGAGAACCUCUAUCGGAACUUAGCCAAGCGCGAGGAGGUUGCCUCGGAGAAGAUCCGGGCGGCGGUGAAGCAGGGGGUCUUCGCGGUGACCUGCCAGGGCGGGGCCACCAACGCGCUGCUGAGCUACCGCCGGGAGGGGUCCAGCUCCAUGACCCUCUCCAGGCAGGAGCUGGUGGACUUGAGGUCGCGGGCGCUGUUGUCAGGGCAGGACCUGGAGAUCAUGGCCGCCUUUGUGCAGCAGGUGGACGUGUUGCUGGUGGCCUGCGGCCGCCUGGACACGCUCUGCCAGGAGGGCUUCAUCUGGGCCCGGGAUGUGCGGCACGAGGCGGCGAACCCCAACUCCCUGCAGAAGCUGCAGGCGUUGGAGGCCCAGUUUCAGGCAGACUUGGAGGAGUGGCGGCUGAGGUUGCAGGAGGCGAGGGCGAACUACGUGGAGCUCACCUUCCUCUACUCCCAACAGUUCUGGCUUCUGGCGGACUUCCUGGCGCACACUGUUAUGGAUGAUUCCGACUUGGACAUGGUCAUGUCCAUUUUGGGCUACAUCCAGGGCCGCGCCCUGAGCGCCGCGCAGCGCGCGGCGGCUCUGCGGCGGCCGCGGGUGCCGUGGGCUCCGCGGAACGAGAUGCGGCGGUGGUUCCAGCAGCUGGGCCAAGGACUGGGCGAGGUUCUUGCGCUUGUCACGGGCAAGCGGGGCAACUUCAUCCCGACGGCCAAAUCUUUGGCGCUGGACCGGAUUGAAAUUGGCCUUCGCAGCGUGGUGAAGCCCGGCGUCGUGCGCACAGUGCAGGCCGACAGACAAGAGGAUGUCUUGCGGCUGGCUUUGUCUUUCUAUGCAGGAGUGGGAAGCUUGCCGCGCGCCCACGAGAUGCUCUUCUGCUCGGGCAUCACGACCUGGCCGCAGCUGGAUGCCUUCCUGGAGCGCUGCCGUCACGUCGCGGGCAUGUACUGCAUUUUGCACGUGGAGCGGCUGACCUACUCCCUGCAGCACUUGCUGGUUCAGCGCAUCAAGUCAGGGCUGGGGCCGUCCUUCCAGCUGGUGCUGGUGGCCGUAAGCGAAGAGCUCUCCCAAGUGCACGCGAUGAGGGAGCUUCCGCCACAGCCAGCGCACGCACUAUCACCAGAAGGCUUGAAGGACUUCGUGAGGCACUUGGUGCCCAACCUGGUCUGCGUCGUCUCUGAGGACGCCGGGUGCGGCAAAAGCGAGACCAUCCGGCAGCGGGCGUUUGCCCAGCGCAAGUUGCCCAUCACGGUUCCCCUCAGCGGCCCACUGAGGCUCGGCAGCUUUAUCCGGAGGCUGCUGGCGCAGAAGUGGCACGCGCACAGCUGCCUGCAUUUGGACAUCGGCCCCACAGAUGAGCUGGAUUUGCUGAACGACCUCCUGAUCCAGAUCAGCUUCUGGGGCUGCGUUCAGGCCGAGUCCGACAUCGCGGUGGUUCCCUGCAGCUUCACUUUUGUGGAGCUGGCGAACCUUUCCACCCCUGUGCUGCGGAAGCUCGCCUUCUGCAACUUGGUGUCGCCGAAAGCCGUGCGCUUCUCCUUGGACUCGUUCCAGGUGUGCCGGGCACCCCGCAGUCCCGCCCAAGUGGUCUGCCGCGUGCUGGAUGCGCUGCACGACCGCAGGCUGGACUCCCAGCCCUUGCGCCUGGAAGACCCCGUGUCCCUUCCAGCAACCCGAUGCCUCGAUCUGUUGCAGGAGUACAUUGUCAGGCGCCUCCAAGGUCCCUCCUACGCGCUGGUGCACACGGUUCUGCGGGUUCUGGCGCCGCAGCUGGUGAGCUUCGGGCACUCGGCCUACUUCGAUCCCAAGACCCUGAAGCAGCUGCAGCUCCCAGCCAGCCUCCGCACCCAGCUGGUGGAGCAGCUGAUUGAGGCGUGCAUUAGCUUCACCACGCGCGCCGUGACAGCUGGCAAGUUGCGACAGCGACGGCAACACGCCGAUCAGCCUCCAGGUGCUGCUGAGGCAUUCCAGGGCAUGGUGCGCUGGUCAGAGACGAAGCCACUGCUCCUCUUCAACCGCUUUGACCGCCAGACGCUGUCGCUUGUCUACCGCAAGGAGAGCGACGUGCUGGAGACCGUGGCGAAGCUCUUCCGGUCGCAAGCCAACGGCCAGCGCUUGCCGUGCUUCGAGUCCAUGAGCACACGAGAACUGGAGGAGCGGUUGGGGAGGAUGAUCUUGCCUCUGGGCAAGGAGUUGGGCAAGCCAGCAGAGGGCAGCAGCUAUGUGGUGAGUCCGGAUAAUUUUGUGAAGAUGGUCUGGAUCGCCUUGCGGGUGGAAAGUUGUGUGCCCGUGAUCAUCAUGGGAGAGACCGGCUGCGGAAAGACUUCGCUGAUCCGGCAUCUUGCCAAGCUCCUGUCAGUGAAGUUCAACUGCCUCAACGUUCACGCGGGGACGUCUGCGGAGGACAUCAUCAACUUUGUCCAACGAUGCGCUGGUGAGAGCAGGCAGGCUCAGACCUGGGCAUUCUUGGACGAGGUGAACACCUGCGAGCACAUGGGCUUGGUGACCGAGAUCAUGUGCCAUCACCGCUUGCUGGGCAGUCCUUUGCCAGACAGCUUGGUUCUGUUGGCUGCUUGCAACCCAUACCGCAAGAAGCCUCAGCUGAGCCGCGAGAUGGCGGCAGCGCAGGCUGAGUUGGUCUUGAGCGACACGAGCAGGAAGAGGAAGAUGUCCAGCCUGGUCUAUAGCGUGCAGGAGCUUCCAGAGACGAUGUACGACUACCUGUAUGACUUCGGAUUUCUGGGCGAGAAGGAGGAGGAGAGCUACGUCAAGGCAAUGGUGCAGCCGGUUUUCAACCCCAACUUGGUCACAGGUGCUGACCGAGGAUGGUGUGCCUGUGUGUGCGAGCUCAUCCUAUUUUCUCAACAGUUCACUUCCGAACACCAGCCGGACUGCCUGUUGAGCCUCCGCGACGUGAAGCGCACGGUGGAGCUCAUUCGUUGGUUCCAGGAUAAUUUGACGCACAGAGAGCGGGCAAAGUCGAGGCAACACAAGCGCGAACUUCCCGACAACACGCCGCUUACAGAGGAGGGGCGGAGGUUACGGGCAGUGCUGAACGCGCUGGCAGUAUCAUACCACUGCCGCUUGCCGACGCGCAAAAUUCGCAAUGAGUACCGUGCGCGAGUCGCUCAGAUUUUGACCUAUCAUCGCAAAGAGGUACCUCGGAAGUCCUUCAUGAGGGACUGGCAUGAUGGAGACGUCAUCAACUGUCUCGUGAUGGAUGAGAUGAAAGCAUAUUUGCACCACAUGACGCCUCCUAAAAUGACUGCUCUCAAUGAUGCAUUGCUGGAAAACGUGUUUGUGAUGAUGGUUUGCAUUUUGAACCGCAUCCCCGUGUUUGUGGUGGGCAAGCCGGGAAACUCCAAGUCGUUGGCGUUGCGCAUCAUCCACGCGAAUUUGCGCGGCAGUGAUUCCCAGCACGAGCUUUGGAGGCGCUAUCCCCGCAUCUACGUGAUCUCCUAUCAAGGCUCAGACGUCUCCACUAGCGAAGGCGUGACGAAGGUCUUUGAGAAAGCCGAGCAGUACAAGAAAAAACAACUUUCGCAAGGGAACAGCGAGGUGUUGGUGCACUUUGAUGAGAUUGGGUUAGCAGAAGCAAGUCCGAACAACCCUCUCAAGGUCUUGCACGCCUAUUUGGAGCCGGGCUAUCCCAAAGACCGGCCUGACUAUGCAGUGGUUGGGCUAUCCAACUUCCCCUUGGACGCAGCAAAGAUGAACCGAGGCAUUGCCCUCGUGCGGCCGCCGCCCAACAAGUCCGACCUGCAGAAGACAUUGGAAGCAUUAUGCGAGAGGACUCCCCUUGAAAUGGAAAAGGAACUUCGUGAGCAGUUGGCCAUUGCCUACUGUGCGUACUAUCAGGAACAGCCGACUCCUGACUUCCACGGCUUGCGAGAUUUCUAUUUCUUGGCCAAAACUCUCGCGGUGAAAUGGCCCAGGCAGCUGGACAAAAGGCCACGCGCAAUCUUCCAAGCGGUGUGCCGCAACUUUGGGGGCUUGCCCUUUGACAUCACGGGGAAUCCUGGGCAGUCGUUCUAUGGCGGCAGUGACGCGUUUGCUCGAUGCCCCUUCUUGCAAAAGAACAGUCGUAGGUUGGGCUUGCCGCCGAGUUGUGCGUCGUGGCCCAUCAGUGUAGUUGACAUGCUGGAAGAGAACCUUCGAGACAAGCAGAGCGCGCGGCACUUGCUUUUGGUUUGCGAGGGCGAGGUGCAGGUGGCGCUGGAAUUGGUUCGCCAAGCGGCAGACCGUCAAAACAAACAUCUGCAGAUCAUGAUGGGCUCAACGUUUCAGGAGGACAAAUCCGACCUCUACUCAUUUGGACUGCUCAAGCGGAUUGUUUUGAGCAUGGAGAGGGGCGACAUCCUGGUCAUGCGAGCUUUGGAUACCAUCCACGGCAGCCUGUACGACAUGCUGAACAUGAGCUACACCUCUUUGGACAACAAGAAGCUUUGCCGCAUUGCGCUGGGCGACAAAGACAUCUUGGCUGAGGUGAACGAAGACUUUCGCUGUGUUGUGCUCCAGGAUGCGGCAGAGCUGCAGACCGCCGACGCGGCGUUCUUGAAUCGCUUCGAGAAGCACUGUGUUGGCAUCAACGACCUGGUCACCGACCCUGUCCAGCGCCGGGCUGUGCAGGAGCUCGAGAGGCUGGCAGGAGUGGCCGCCCAGCCACCAGGCUCUUCCGGGAACGCGUCGCACGAGGUGCGGAAGCUCUUCGUGGGUUGGGGCCUGGAGACGGCCGCCUCGCUGGUGAACCACGUGGCACAGAGGGGCGACCGCCAGCUUUCGCCUGCGCGCCUGGUGUCGGAGGCCUGGCGCGAGUUGGCGGCCGUCGCCUCCUUGGACGGCAUGCUGAGGGCGACGGAGCUGUCGCUCUGGGCGCACGAGGCCAAGGAAGAGGCCAAGGAGUGGCGGGAGCACUUCUUCGCCCAGCCGCAGUCCUUGCAGGACUGGCUGCUCUCCAACGGCUGGCAGAACGCGCCGGAGGGGGCCGCGGUCCGGUUUGCGCUGGUGCUCACCACGUCGCCGCUGCAGGUGGACCUGGGUCCGGUGCUGGGCGGGGUCCCGGCCUUCCGUUGCCUGGCGGUGGACGCGCUCACCUCGGAGCUGGACCUCAUCCAAAAGCUGGAGGAGUUCAAUGAGGCCCCGCUGCCUGCAGGCUCAGUGCUGGUGCUUCAGCUGAGGGCGGACUCGCCCCACACGGAGCUGCUGCGGCACCGGGCUGCUGGGCUGCGGGCGGACCGCCGCGCCCUGCUGCUGCUGCACGGCUCGCGGCACCUGCUGGCGUCCUCCAAACUGCGUCUCCGCCUGAACUUCCAGUCUGACUGGGCGCAAGUUUUUCUGGAGCAGCUGACAAAGGACUCUCGUUUGAAUGUGCGCAAGUGUGUGGAGUCGUCGCUGGAGAACUUGCUGAAGGAUGAUGGACCGAUGCCUUUCCAAUCCGUACUUGAAAGCGUGCUGGCAGAGUGCUUCUGGUACAUCGCGUAUCCGGCCACCGCCGCAGCUGCAGAGCAUGUUGAGGAGGCCACGCGCUUGGUGCUUGGAGACCGCGACCUGCUUGCUCUGCUGAAGGAGAUCUGCCUGAAGCGACUGGAGCGCAGGCGGUGGCCUCGCGGGCCCUGGUGGUAUGAGGUUGUGAAGGACACGCAACUCCUUCAAGGUCACUCAAGCUUCAGCGAUUGCAUCGAGGCCUAUGUCCGGAAUUUGGUGCGUCGCCCUGCGGCCACCUUGAUCUAUUUGCUCGAGAAGAGCUGUGCUUUGCGGACUCUGAGCAGUGAGAACCUCCGACCGGCCUGGUUCGAGAUGUGCCGGGACCUGGUGUUGCCCCAAUUGGAGGCCGUGCCGGAGCCCAAGGGCCCCGAGUGCUACCCCUAUGGCCGGCACCUGCAGUUGCUGCGCCUGCCCUUCUCCGCCAUCUUCGCGGAUCGCCUCGACGGGUUCCGCGGCCUCUACGAGGAGCACCUCGCGGCCGGCGCCGACGGCGCAGCCGACGGCGCGGAUGGCGCCGAUCCGCGGCUAAAGGAUCUGAAGGCGUCGAUGGAGGCGGCCGUGGGCAACGCGUCGUACUUGGCGCUGCUCGUGGAGCACCGCGACGCCUACGCGGAGGACCUGGCGGCCCUGCGGCUCACCGCGGUGCCGCUGCCGCAGGCGGACCAGCGCCGGUUCCUGCGGCCCAUCUUGGACCAGAUGCGGCACUGCGGGAUCCCCGAGCUGCACCAAUUCAUGUGGCGGAACCAGGGCACCCUGCACAUCGCGCUGCGUCAGCUGGCUGCAGUGCCCGCAGCCGUCCGUGAUCUGCAAGGGCUGAUGCAGGCCAUGCAGGGCAAGGAAAGGGAGCUUGUGCAUGGGGACAUGGCUGGCAUGAUGCGUCUCAUUACUUCGCACUGCUGCACUGCCGUGCAUCCCACCGCUUUUACGCUACAGCAGCUGGGAGUGGAUUGGCUGCCGGUGGCUUCCCGGGUGCUUUCGGCUGCCUGCGGUGCUUUGGACCACGUCCCGGUGGAGUCCAGGCUUGGCGUGGUGGAGGUCAGCGCGCUGCACGUCGUGGUGGAGCUGAGCCAGCGGAUGGACGCGACGGAUCUGCUGGACUUCUGGGGCUCCCUCGACCUGGAGCCCAUCCGGCGCCCCGAGCAGCUGUCCUCUUUGGUGCAGCAGGGCCUGCAAGCCGCGCAGCGCCACUUGAGCCCCACCGCGCUGAAGCGCUUCCACCUCUUCGCGCACCAGAGGCUGUUGGAGCACGGCGCCUAUGACGGGGUGCUGCAGAGCAUUGCGUCGGGUACGGCCGCGGUUGCAACGGCCAUGCUUCUGCGCGGCUUGGUUCAAUCUGCCGUGCGGGAGCAUCCCCAGUGCUUCACUCAAGUCCUCGAGCAUCUCGGCUGGCCUGCCUCCGUGAACUGUACCUCCUUGCGCGCUUUGGACCAGCUGGCCAGGAAGGCAGGCGCCGCAGCCCCUCUGAAUGCCGUGCUGUGCGUGGAACUGCAGCAUUUCGGCUUUUCCGAUGUGCCUGCCUCUGCUGUUGCAGCCGGAGCGGCAUCGCUUCGCUCCAUGACGAAGGAGAACUUCCGCCUGAACCACGUGGUGGCAGCGGCCGCGCUGCGCCUGGCCGCAGUCCGCGCAGCUUCUCUCAUUGAGGAUGGUGGCGAAUGGGAUGAGCUCGACGGUGUGCUGAGUGCCGUGUGCCGGCCAGGCGAGCCGGGAGGUGAGGGCGCGGUGCUCCCAUCUCUGAUUCGUGCUGCGGUGCUGCGGGAGGUCCAUCGCCGGGUGGGCGAUGAAGAGCAGGUGGCGGAGUCCUGCCGACACAUCCCCUGGUUGGCAGGCGUGCUUCCUAUUCCAGGUGCGGCGCCUUUGCUGGCCGGCGCAGUGCCACUGUUUCUGGGCGGCUUCGCGCCAGAGGCAGUGGAAGCGGCGCAGGUCAUCAGCACAUCUGCCAUCCAGCAGAUGGACACGCCGCAGCUGCGCGAGCUGGCAGAGGCGGCCUCGGCUUCGGCCUCGGCGUCCAUCUGGCGCUUCGCCUUCUUCGCGGGCUCCUCCAGCCUCCUUUGCCACACCGAGGCGCGUGCUGAGCAGCGGGAGGCGGCGCGGCUCUGGCUUUUGAAGCACCCGCAGCUGCAGAAGCUGCCUGGUCUUUGCAGGGGGAAUCGCGAGAUUUUGCCAGCUGAGAUGCAGCACAGACUGCAGGUCUCGCCUUUGCCGCUGCUCACGGCGCUGCAUCUGGCGGCAGCGCUGCUCGAUGCGCCGACGUCAGGCUUCUCCGCGCCCUUCAAAGAGGUGGCGGCAGGGAAGAUGGAAGGCUUCCUGCCAGCCAUGCCAGAGGACGAGGAGCAGGUCAUCCUUAAGGCGCUGAUGGAUGGCUACAGGGAUGCUCAUCACCGGGGACACACCAGGUAUCAGUGCCCGUGUGGCUACCGGUACAUUGUGGCAGACUGUGGUCAUGCAGUGCAGGAAAGCAGCUGCCCGCAGUGUCACAAGACGAUUGGCGGCACAGAGUUUGCAACACGUAACAACAAAAGACUCGAUAAACAGGCCCAGCAAGGCCAAGUCCACGGGGAGGCUGGGUACAUCACCCACGCUGCAUCUAGGGACCGCCAGCAAUCCGUGCGCCUUCUGGCGCCUUUGCCUUUCCGCGCAUUGCACUUCUUGCUGCACUCCGCUCUGCUGGGCUCACUCUUUCGUGGCGCAGCCUCUCUGUCUCUCAGCCGCAUUCUGGAGCACCUGGAAGCUGACUGGCACGUGUUGCACACAGCCCUGAACUGCGCACCUGCCGGCUUCUUCAUGGACAUUGCAAGCCGGCUCCUCUUUCCACACGACGCGGGCGGUGCUGUUGGCGCGGGAUGCCUCACCGGCGCGCAGCGCGGACCCUGGGAAUUGCGGAUGGCGCAGGUAGUGGUGGAGCCUUGCUUGGAUAGGGCGCAGCGGGCGGACUUCGAUUCGCAGCUCAACUGGGCCGCCUCACUGGGUGAUGUCCAGGCGUUGCCUUUGCUGUUGUCGGACCACGUGGCGCCGCCGGGCGCGCAGCCGGCACGACCCUGGCAGGCGGAAGGACCGGCUCCAGAUGUGCAAGACUUCGAACUGCUCGCUGCUCGAAGGGCCUUGGAGCUGGGCGCCGGAGACCUGAGCUUCGCCAAGUGCCUGGCGCGGCGCGGGCUGGAGGUCACGGCCACGGUGCUGGAGGCCUUCCCCGUGGUGCGCUCGCGCUACACAGAUGCAGUCGACAGGAAUCGUUCGGAACUUGAGCAAGCCGGAGGGAGAGUCCUGGACUACAUUGACGCGACGACCUUGCAGAGUUCCAGGCUGGCGGGCGAGCAGUUCGACGCCGUGAUCUACAAUUUCCCAUAUGCUGGGACCUAUUUGGACAAUGUUGGCAAGCUGCCUGCUGAGAGUCGACUCAGCCUGCACACAGCUUUGCUGGAGGGUGUCUUCAAGAGCACACGGUCAGUGCUGACAGGGGACGGUAGCAUUUGGAUCGGACUGCUGAGUAGCCAGUUCAAGGAGUGGCGAGUGGAUCAGUUGGCGCAGCGUCAAGGCCUUUUCCUUGUGGAGGCCAUUCCCUUCCCACGCCGAAGCUUCCCGGACUAUUCGCCGGUCUGGGGAGACGAUCGAGAUUUUGAGAGAAGCCAACCCUGGCAGAUCUAUGCAGGUAAACCCGCAGUCCUCUGCCGCUUCAUGACCACUCCAAACCGGGCGCGGCAGAUGGAGCGGGCGAAGCCUCCGCCUGCGGAGGAUUCCUCCAACGAGGUGCCUCUGGCCCUCUGCCGAUGGAUGCGUUUGGUGGAGAUGCCUUCGCUGAGCAGGUUGGAGCUGCAGUUCCAGUCAAAAUCUGCGCUGGCUGAGAAGUUCCAGCUCUUGCACGCCGUGCUGAAUGCCCGCGGCUUGCAACUGGUGGGCUGUUUGGCCAGCGUCAUGGAGUGGCUGCGCUUUGUGAGGCGCCACUUCGAGUUCCAGUUGAGCCGCGGCCAGGCCAGCGCCACGCGGAUCAGGGAGGCGCUGGCAGACGUGUCUGUGCGGGAAGUCGACGGGCGAAGCGGGCGAUGCGGGAGCGACGGGCGGCGGCUCUUCGAGGCCUUCCAAAGGGCCUGGGCGCUGUGCGCUGCCGAGGGCUUCCUGGCGCGCCGGGACUGCGCGGAGCUGCCGGUGCUGAGGGAGGUGACGCUGGAGAGCCCGCUGGCCCUGAGCUGUCCGGACAGGACGCAGGAGGGCUCCUACGUGCACGCGCUGGUCAACAGCCUGGUGGACCGGCAGAACGAGUUUCUCAAGCAGGCCCUGGAGAUCGCGGGCCAGAAUGGGCCCAGCGCCUGGCGUGUCCGCAGCGCCUGCGAGUACUGGUUCCACAAGGGCCAGGUGUCUUUGCCAUCUGUGGGUGUUGAAGACAUCCAGAGCCACCACCUGGUGCAGGCAGAGGACUUGACGUGGCUGGCGCACUUUGGCAGCGCUGGGGCCCUCGCUGGGUGGGAGGCCCAGCGCUCGGAAGGGCCUGAGCUGCUGACCCCAGGCAGCGCUUGCAUCUUCGACUGGGCGCUGAUGGAGCAACGGGUGGCGGAGCGCUUGCUGCAGAAGGCGGUGCUGCUGGAGCCGGUGCUGCAGCCCUUCCCAUUCAGGGGCGAGGCCUUUGUGAACGACUACUGCUUCCUGGCGGCGGCCUGCGACCAGGUGCCCCAGCAGCCCUGCCCGGCCGCGGCGCGAAGGUUCCUGCUGCAGGCCGCGAAGCCCGAGGAGCUCAUGGCCUUCCUGCAGGCGGGGAUCUCCGUGCUGCGGCGCCUGGCCCCGGCACCCGGCCUGGGCCUGGCGGACUUCUGCCGCCGCUGGCUGAAGGCCUCCCCCCUGCAGGGCCUGGUGAGCCAGCCGCCCUGCCGGGAGCUGCAGGUGCAGCACUUGGUGCACCUCUUUGAAGUGGUAGAGCUGCAGGCGGCUGAGGAGGUGUUGGAUUCCAUGCCGGACAGGUACCAGGAGGAAGUGGACGAGAAGGUUUUGCCGUGUUUGAAGAAGUGGCGGGGGGCGUCGGCCCAGCUGGCCCACGACGUGUUGCUGCGCCUGGUGAUCCGUCUUCUUCACUCUGGUCACGGGCGGAAGACGACGGAAAGAGUGUCAGACUGGGCAGCGACAGCAUUGGCGCAUGACGUGCAGGAAACGGAGGAGGGCUUGUUCGAUGACUUGCAGCUGAAGCACAUCGGCCAAGCCAUUCGUUUUGCGAAGGAUCGCGUUCAGACUGAGCCCAGUGGGGGGCAGGCUAGUGCUAUGGCAACAACAACUUGAGUGAGCCGGUGUAGUAUAGUCUUGGUUCUCGCGGUGCAUGACUCCACAACCGCUUGGGACACGUGCC